GCCCGCCCUCCCGCGUGGAGCGGCGGCGCUGCGCCCGGCCAUGGACCUCCACCUGCGCCGGCUGCGGCAGGAGCUGCUGUCCAUGAAGGAGGUUGGGGACGGGCUGCACGAGCAGAUGACCUGCAUGAUGGGGGCCCUGCAGGAGCUGAAACUCCUCCAGGUCCAGACGGCGCUGGAGCAGUUGGAGAUCUCGGGGAGCCGAAGCGCGGGGCCCGGCUCGGAGCGGCCCCAGCGCUGCCGCAGCGGCAGGGAGGCACCGCGCCCCGGGCCGGGGGCCGGCCGGCACAGCGAGCCAUGGCCGGGGAAGGCGCCGGCGGACGAGUGCAGCCCCGCGUCCCUCGCUGCCUCCGCGCCGGCGCUGCGGUCUGCCGGCUCACCGGAGCCUGCCGUUCUCCCCGAGGGCGGCCGCCUUAGAGACCCCGUCUCCUCCUCCCAAAGCACCUGCGCCGAGCGCUUCCCCGGGGGGACAGCGGAGCCGGGCAGCGGGGGCACGGCCAGGAGUCAGCCCUGCAGAGCUGCCGCCAGCGUCCGCCGGGGCAGGGCUGCGGGGACGCCGGGACACGGGGACUGCCAGGGCUGUGACGAUGGCAAUGACUGGACCUCCUCGCUGAUGUCCCAGAGCAGGAACCGGCAGCCUCUGGUCCUGGGAGAUAACAUCUUUGCGGACUUGGUUGGGAACUGGCUGGAUCUGCCAGAGCUGGAUAAAAAGGGAGAAAAGAGCGAAGCAUCGCUGUCCGUGAGCAGAUCCCAGGAGCUCUACAGGAAGUUCUCCCUCACCGCAAACAUCUUCAAGAAGUUUUUGAGGAGCGUUCGACCAGACCGAGAUAGGCUUCUCAAGGAGAAACCUUGCUGGCUACCACCUGAAGACAAACAGCCUGAAAUUUCAAAGAGACCCAAAAAAAUGAACAAACUCAAGGGGACGUUUUACUUUCCGCUCCAUGGGAACACGCAGAACAAUCACAGCAAAGCGGAGAGGUGCCCAAAGGUGGACAGCAAUAGUGACAAACCCAGAAUCGGCACCAAGAAAGUCCACGAUACCAUCGACUACCCCCAGUCCGGCUUCGAUAUUAACACAGCUGUAUGGGUCUGAGUUGCUCUGCCAAGCACUUCUGCUCCACGCUGGAGAUGGGCUGGAGGCCACGUACUGCUCUUCAGGACCCCCCCGAGCUCCUGACCUGGAUCGAGGCGCGGGAGGCUUCUCUGUGAAACACGCUGUGGGCACCGGCUGCCUCCGGAACAGCAGCUUGGGGCAGCCCAAGCAGCCGCCAGCGGCCCCGGCUGCAGAGGGUGGCCAGGCCGAUGCUUGCAAAAAUCACCAGCGUCUUUGGCAGCUUUUAGGGGGCUGGUGCCACCAGCUACGAGCUCCUGGGGUUUGGCUUAUGAUAAGGACUUCAGGCACGUUCAGGCCAUCUCUAGUUAAAAUAGCUGCAGCACAUAAAAUUCACUGUGUGUGUGUGUGUGUGUGUUCAAAUAUAUAUAUAAUUUUUUAAAAUCUACUGAUGUGCACUUAAAAUUGGGUUACAAAACAGGCAAUUUGAAUACUGACCUUGAAGCACUUAUUUAAAUUGAAAGAAAAAGAAGUAUGAAUUUAUGAGACUGCAGUACUUGAAUGAUUGCUAAUUGCAGGUGUUGAAUCCCAGCUUUGCUGAAUUUCAUCUAUUCUUUUUGCUAAACUGCAUCUCCGCUGCGCUAACAGCACCUCUCCUCCCCCAAGUAGGUCCGCCCAGAGCGCAGCACUGCUUUCACUGAAUUUUGUGAUAUUCAGACGUUCCCUGGUGGUUCGGCUUCCCCUCUCCGUGGCCUGAGCCCCAGAUGUCGCACUGAACUACGAAGCUGCAACAGACCUUCAGCGUUGUUGUUUCUCAUAUGCUGUCGUGUACAAUUUAGUCUUAAAAGAACAAAGUUCUUCACUGUUGAGCUCUCUAAGAGCUGCAAAUAAAGUGAGGUCAGUCCCGA